AUGGGUGCCUGCCUCUGCAAAGGUCACAAAGAGCUCCACUUCCCCAUGACGGCGCUGCACGACCAGACUGAGGAGGGUCGGCCAUCCACUGUCAAGGACGGCCAGAAUCCCUCCAACGGCAACGUGCCAGAUAAAACCAGCCUCUACGACAUUGGCGAGCUCGCCACCUCGUCUUUGAUGGGUCUGGUGGCCACGAUAAAGGAGCAUAUCACCAAGCCGACAGCAAUGGCCCAGGGGCGAGUUGCUCACCUGAUUGAGUGGAAGGGUUGGGGUGGAGGCGGCGAGGCCGGGGGACGUGGGGGCGGCUGGAGCGGGGCCUGCGGUAAAGGAGGAGGCUGGGGGGGGAUGGGAGCCGAGCUGCAAGAGGAUGAACAAUUCUACUCCCAAAUGACGGAUGAGAUCAAGGAGGCUCGCUUUGCUGCAGGAGUGGCGGAGCAGUUCGCCCUCGCUGAGGCGGCCAUGGAUGUGUGGUCAAUGAACGACAACUUAGAGCAGCCCUCCACCAGUUUACAAGCAGCACAGAGCCACUUCCUGUCUCAGUUCCUGCUGGACGGCGGAAGCGUCGGCAUCCCCCAGCACCUGUACAGCAUCCACGCCCAGACGUAUGGCGGCAACAACAGGGCGGCCAGCCUGGUCCCUGUGCCGCGGGUUGACUCCAUUUCCCCAACGUCAACCUAUCAGCAGGACAGAGAUCGUCCCUUAGAGGACAGAAGCACUGUGACUGCGGAGGCUGCUGUCCGACACGUAGACAGCAGCUCGCUAUCCGAGGAUGAUGUUUUUUAUAACUAG